AUGGAUUCUCUAUCAACGCAGUCGAAGAACAAUCUCAUCGUCAAUCGGGAAGUCGGGGUUGAAAAAAGGCUCUCUCGAAGCUCUUCACCGCCCAGUCCCGAAUUCCAGAGAUUGAUUGACCACACCAUCGAACACGGCUACGUGGUAGUCGAGAACGCCUUCACCAACGCUGAGGCGGACGAAGCAAUUGCCGAAUUGCAGCGUCUUUCCAGCACCCCGGAAGCCGGACCCGCCGGUGCCGGGGGCCGGAACACAUUCGAGGGGUUGAAGACAUCGCGAAUCUACGCAUUGAUCAACAAGUCACGAGUCUUUGAUAAGUUCGCUAUGCACCCAGCUGUACUUGCGCUGAACGACUACUUUCUCGACCCAGGAUAUCUUCUCAAUGCCUACCACAGCGUUUGCAUUCAGCCGGGAGAGAAUCCACAGACGCUGCACCAUGAUGACGGCUUUCUUACCCUGCCACGACCCCAUAAACCCUUUGGAACGGCAAUUAUGGUGGCACUCGACGCCUACACUUCAACCAAUGGCGCCACUGUGGUCGUGCCAGACUCCCACAAAUGGGCGGAUCGGAUGCCCGACCGUUCUGAAGCCGUUCCCGUCAUCAUGCCCAAAGGAAGUCUAGUCUACUUCCUUGGAACGCUGUGGCACGGUGGCGGUCAGAACAAGUCAUCUGCUGAGCGCCGCGCCCUGACAGUGCAAUACUGCCAGCCGUGGGUGCGGCCGCUCGAGAACCAAAUCCUCGCUGUGGAUUGGGAGAAGUUGGAUCAGAUUCCGCCGCGUCUGGUGGAUAUGCUUGGGUACAAGGUUGGAGCGCCUUUCAUUGGCUAUGUGGAUGGAGUCAGUCCCCGAAGAGCCGUGGCAAAGCGCUUGAAGGAGAAGGAGAAGGUGGAGAAACGUGCCAACAAACUAUGA